AUAAGAUUUCCUCCUCAACUCUGUGUCACCACCCCGGGCUUGUAAAACACAACAGCCUUUGUCUGGCCAACCCUCAGAGCUGCAAGGAGCUUUCCAAGUGUGCUGCUACUCCAGAAACAGCUUCUCAACAGUGGAUUUAAAAGUAUUUCUCCAAAUAUUAUGGAUGCUCGAAGGGUUUGUCUGAUGUUUUGCCUUCUCCUGAUGGCACAAUGUACACUCCAGGAGACCUCCUCAAAGAAAAGGAAUGGCAAGAAAGACUCCGCAAACAGCGCUGCGAUUGAGGAGCUGAAAACAAAGAUCACUGAAAUUGUUCAAGAGCUGAAUUUGCUGAAAGAGCAGCAGGCUUUACAUACAGUUUGUCUGCGAGGCACCAAGAUCCUGGGCAAGUGUUUUCUGUCCAACCCGGUAAAGAAGACCUUUCAUGCAGCCAGUGAACACUGCAUCUCCAUGGGAGGCAGUCUGAGCACUUCUCUGACAGGAGACGAGAACGAGCAGCUCUACAACUAUGUACGUCAGAGCAUCGGCCCCGGGGAGCACAUUUGGCUGGGCAUCAAUGACAUAGUGACCGAGGGCCAUUGGGUGGACCAAUCAGGCUCCGGGGUGCGCUUCAAGAACUGGGAGACAGAGAUCACCCUGCAGCCGGAUGGAGGACGCAGCCAGAACUGUGGCAUCCUCUCCACCACAGCUCACGGAAAGUGGUUUGAUGAGAGCUGCCUAGCUGAAAAGGCUUCUGUGUGCGAGUUCAACAUCGUCUGAGGGGCUACUGUCGACGUGUGAAGAUCAAAUGCUGCGCGUAGAAAGGAAUAAAACAAGUAUCAGGUACAUCUAUGAAAUGCAUUUAAAAGUUAAGUGCUUAAGUGCAUCUUCUUUUAAUCUUUUUUUUUUCAACCAAGACAUUUAGGUAUGUGGCUUCACACAGUGGUCUGGGAUACAGCAUGACAUUGUAUAAGCUCAAUAUUUUUGCAUACAUUCAUAAUACUUGUUCUCAAAUAAUGUAUUUAAGCAUAUAAUCAAGGUAAACACCACUGGAUGGCUUUGUUCUAUGUAUUUUGAUGUAUUCUUCUCAAUGCAAUAAACCUUUUUUACUGAA